AUGCAAUACGACUGCGCGGUUUGUUGUUUUCCUGGCGGCGGCAGGUUUUUCGAGAUUUCCUCAGCUGAAAUCAUUUCGUCCGCCGCGCAGCAAGAUCCAAGUCUCCUCCAACCAGACCGACCAACUCUGCUCACAUCUUGCUUCGGUCGCUUUUCUGAACUGCUUGCCCGUGCAACUGCUCGCUAUUUCUGGUCGGCAAACACCGAUCCCUUGAUUGCCCAUCCUCCAUCCCCUUCCACUUGCUGUACUUGUUUCCUCCGCUCGCGCCACCAGCAUCUUGCCGAUAGAAGUUUGCCUCAGGAGCUUUCCCUCUUCAAGCAUCGCUGCAGCCCGGAUCUCAGUCUUCUGGACAUCUCUGCUUAA